AUGGCGCCAGCUGUCGCCGUUGCUGGACACCACCGUGUAGUACCGUUAGCGACGCCGUCGGCGGCGGAGGCGACUCCGGUGGUGCAACCGGCAAUGGUAUCGGAGACAUUUGCUAAGGAUGCAAUAUUAGCGUGGUUUAGGGGUGAGUUUGCAGCUGCAAAUGCGAUAAUAGAUGCGUUAUGUAACCAUAUAACACAGCUUGAAGGAGGGAGAUCAUCGGAGUAUGAAUCGGUAUUUGCAAGCAUACAUAGAAGGAGACUGAAUUGGAUCCCAAUUCUUCAGAUGCAAAAGUACUGUUCUAUUGCUGAGGUUACUCUUGAUUUACGGAAAGUUGCUGAGAAAAAGAUGAAGGAGAGAGAAGAGGUACCGAAACAGUGUGGUACGGAAGUGAAUGGUGACGUGGCAAGCAGUAAUUCCGUGGAGUGCUCUGAAAAUGGAGAUUCAUCAAGAGAUGAUUCUCCUGAGAGUGACAUCACUGAUACAGGAUCCCAAAUACAGCCGUUGCUAGAAAGUGUUGAAUUCUGCUCAAACCAUGAGAACUGUGAGGCAAGGCAUGCCCAAAUGAAGAUGACAAAGGGGUUUGUGUCAAAGGAGCCAGUCAAAGGGCAUAUGGUGAAUGUAGUACGAGGUCUGAAGUUAUUCGAAGACGUAUUUACUCCAAAUGAAAUCUCUAAACUAUAUGACCUUGUGAACGAACUUCGUGUUGCUGGCCAGAAUGGUGAUCUCAAAGGUGAAACUUUUAUUUUAUUCAACCAGCAAGUGAAGGGUAACAAAAGAGAGAUGAUUCAACUUGGGACCCCAAUUUUCGGACAAAUAAAAGAGGAGGCCACAUGUCUUAAAAGUAACAUUGAACCAAUUCCAGCUCUUCUACAAGGUGUCAUAGACCACCUGGUUCAGUGGAAUCUAAUAUCAGAAAGUAGAAGACCUAACAGCUGCAUCAUCAACUACUUUGAUGAGGGGGAGUAUUCACAGCCUUUCCUAAAACCACCUCAUUUGGACCAGCCAGUGUCUACCCUUCUCCUCUCUGAAUCAAUGAUGGCAUUUGGUAGAGCCCUUGUAAGUGACAGUGAUGGGAAAUACAAAGGAUCAUUCAUGCUUUCUCUUAAAGAAGGGUCUCUUUUAGUCAUGAGAGGAAACAGUGCUGAUAUGGCCAGACAUGCACUGUGCUCAUCAGCUAGCAAAAGAGUUGCUAUUACAUUCUUCAAAGUAAGAACAGAGAUGAAUAGCUCCGUCUCAGAUCAAAUCCCUCCUCUGACUAAAGCAAUGACCUUAUGGCAACCCGGUGUCCCAACACGAUAUUCGACUCCAAAUGGAGCAGCUAAUGGUUAUAAGAUAAUGGACGUGACACCUAAAUGGAGUUUCCUUAGAGCUCCAGAAGUUAUGCUAGCUCCUGUGCAUCCAAUGGUUUUAAGCCCCCGAAGGAUUCCAAAUGGUGGUACUGGUGUUUUUCUUCCAUCAUCCAGAAAACCUGCAAAACAUCUCCCGCCACGUGCCCAGAAAAGGCGGUUUCUUGAGCUACCUUCCCCUGGUAACUCGCCUAAAUCAGUGAGCAGUUCAGAAGCAAGUAUGGAAGUUUAGACCGAGUAUGAUCACACACACUCCCUAAAACACCAUUAGUGCUGCAUUCAAGAGUUAUCCAGCAUCCCCUGUGUGGGGCUUCUUCUCUACCAUGAUGAGCUCAGUCACUAAGUAUGAACAUUCUGUGUUCUUCUACUUCCUCCAAAGAUUUUUCCAUCUUUUACUUAGGUGUUGGCUGAUAUAUCUUUCUACUUAUGCUAACCAUUAGAGGCUUUAGAGAUUUUGAGCUCAGUCAGUUGAGUGUAUUAUCCUUUACAGAAUGCUGAAUUUUUCAUUUGAGUUUUUUCUUUUUCUAUCAAUCUCUUCUAGGUUACUAGAGGUUUAUUUUGGUGUAAUUACAUGCUGUUUCUCUUCUUUAUUACACUUUUUUCAGGGUUGAGUGUUUACAGCUAUCAGAUGCUUUUAUUCGUUUGUUAUUCACUAGUAGUUGAGCCAAUGAAUUCACUUUUAUC